AUGGAAAGGGAUCGAGUUGCUGGAUCUUGCAACUCCCCUUCCUAUUUUGACGGCAAUAACUAUGCUGCAUGGAGAGAAAAAUUUGAGAUAUUCCUUGAUGCUCUUGAUGAGUAUGCAAGUGGGUAUCUCACAAAAGAGUGGGUUGCUCCAGUCAAGACUGUUGAGGGUGAGCUUGUGUCCAAGCCUAGGUCAGAAUGGACUGAAGCUGAGGUGUUUGCUGCAUAUUCGAACAAGAAGGCCAGAAAUGCCUUAGUUACAGCUUUGUCUAGCACACAAUUUGCACAUAUACAACACAUCCCUAAUGCUAAACAAGCUUGGGAUAAACUAAGGGUAGUUCAUGAAGGGGAUGACCAAGUUAGAACCCUAAAACUUCAGAUGGUGCUUGCACAAUUUGAAGAACUUAGGAUGUCUGAAUCUGAGUCUAUUUCUGAGUUCUAUGGAAGAGUUGAGAUGAUCACAAAUGAAGCCAUGAGUCUAGGUCAACCCAUUGAAGAGCUUCUUGUUGUUCAGAAAAUUCUUCGUGUUCUACCAUCUAGGUUUAGAGCAAAGAAAACCGCAAUCAUGGAGGUCCAAAAUUUAAAUGAAAUUAAGCUUGGCAAGCUUGUAGGAAAAUUGAAAACCUAUGAGAUGGAAUUGAAUAUGGAAGAAAAUGACUCCAAAAAAUCAAAAAAUGUUGCACUUCAAGGAGUGCAUGUUUCCUCUCCGAAAGGUGGUGAUAAAUCCUCAGGUUUUGAGGAUGAGAUGGCCUUGUUUGUCAAAAAAUUUAGGAGAAUUCUUAAGGAUAAGGGAAAGUUUGCUAGAGAGGGCAGCUCUGGUAGUGAGAAAAAUUUUAGACCAUCAACUGAUCGGUUUAAUGAGAGGAAUAAGGAUGUCAAACCUUUCACGAAAGAUUUUAGAAAAUCUGUCAAGUGCUUCACAUGUGGAGGCAUUGGACACUAUGCUGCUGACUGUGCAAACAAUCAGAAAAAGUACUCCAAAGGAAAGGACAAGGCCAUGAAAGUGAAGGCUCUCAAGAUGAUUCAUCUUCCUCUGAUGAUGAUGACCAACAUGUUGCCUUUGUUGCCUCUGAGUAACCUCGAGAACCAAGUUAAUGUGCUCAAGGAAAGUAACAUUGGUUUCCAGAACUCAAACAAACAGCUCCUAGGUGAAUUGAAUGAAGCAAAUAGGAAGAUUAUAUCUAUGACCAUUGGUGCAUCAAAAAUUGACAAAAUGUUGAAUAUGGGAAAACUUCAUGGGGACAAAGGUGGUCUUGGAUUUAAUCACUUUGGUUCUAGUUUGUCUAGUUCUACCACUAAGUUUGUCAAAUCAGAAAAUCCAGUCACGAUUCCUCUUGAUGUUCAGCAGGUUGUCAAGAAACCUAAGUUUGUUCCAACUUGUCACAGGUGUGGGUUGACUGGUCAUAUUCGACCAGUCUGUCAUAUGUAUAGCAAAGAUAAGACCAGAAAAUUGUCUCAAAAAUCUAAAAGGAAUCCCAGAUCUUUGCAAGAUCAAGUUGAUCAUUUGCUGAAUGAGGUCACUAAGAUAGCCAAACUUGUCUCCCUCAAAAUGAGUUCUCCUAUUGUGCCUAAGUCUACUUGGAUUGCAAGAGGUCAUACCAAAUCUCUUGUUGUGCUAAAUGCUUUUGCUGCUUCAAAUAUCAACUCUUGGUAUUUUGAUAGUGGUUGUUCCAAACAUAUGUCUGGAGAUAAAAAUGUUUUCUCAUCUCUCAGCCCCUUUGAUGGAGGCACUGUGACUUUUGGUGGAGGUCAUAGAUCUCAAGUUGUUGGAAAAGGUACUGUUUGUAUCCCUGGUCUGCCCGAGCUUAAGAAUGUUAGAUUUGUUGAGGGUCUCACAUCCAAUCUCAUUAGUGUGAGUCAGCUGUGUGAUGAUGGAAUAGUAGAAGUCAGAUUCUCCAAGCAUGGCUGCAAAAUCAUUGGAAAAGGUGGAAAUGAGAUUGUGAGCGUGGCAAGGUCUAGGGACAAUUGCUUCUGCAUUGAUGGUGUCAACGAUGCAAAAGAAAUUGUUUGCAACAAGGUUGUAAAUGAAACAAGUAUUUUGUGGCAUCAAAGGCUUGGACAUGUUAAUUUUAGAGACUUGCAUAAAUUGUCCAAGAGAGAGCUAGUAAGUGGCUUACCAAAGCUGGAAAAAUCUGAUGAGCAUGUUUGUGAAGGAUGUCAAUUAGGCAAACAAGUCAGAGUGUCACACAAAAAGGUCAAACACAUUCAAACAAAUGUAAUUCUAGAACUUGUUCACAUGGACCUUGUUGGUCCUAUUCAAACCGUGUCCCUUGGUGGAAAGAAAUAUAUUCUUGUCAUGGUGGAUGAUUUCUCUAGGUUUACUUGGGUCUCAUUUCUACGUGAGAAAUCUGAAACUUUUCAAAGGUUUAAGUCUGUUUGUCAUCUUUUGCAAAAAGAGAAGAUGACCAGUCAUCUGCCUCUUGUUAGAAUUAGAACAGACCAUGGCUCUGAAUUCGAGAAUUCUCAGUUUCUGAAAUUUUGCGAAGAGAUGGGAAUUAAACAUGAGUUCUCUGCACCUAUUACACCUCAGCAAAAUGGUGUUGUAGAGAGAAAGAAUAGAGUGCUUGUAGAGAUGGCAAGGGUGAUGCUAAAUAGCAAAAAUCUUGCUAAACACUUUUGGGCUGAAGCUGUCAAUACAGCUUGUUACAUCUCAAACAGGGUAUUUGUGAGGUCUGGUACCAAACAAACUCCCUAUGAGAUUUGGAAAGGAAAGAAGCCUAAUGUGUCAUAUUUUAAGGUCUUUGGUAGCACAUGCUAUAUUUUGAGAGAUAGGGAGCAUCUUGCUAAGUUUGAUUCUAAGUGUGAUAAGGGAAUCUUUCUAGGGUAUUCCACUUCUAGCCGAGCCUAUAGAGUGUACAAUUGUAGGUCCAGAACCAUCAUUGAAUCCAUAAAUGUCACUAUUGAUGAUUUUGCUGCCUCUAUAGAGAUGGCAUUAGAUGAGGAUGGUCUUUUUCCUCCUCCUCCACUUGAGCAAGAAUCUCCAGGUCUGGAUCUUGUGGUUGACCUGUCAACUUUUGAAAAUUCUGUCCCGGUUGACCUGUCAACCCCUUCAACUUCUAGUUCCAUCUCCUCUGUCCAGGCUGACAGCUCUCAUACUGAUCAUAGUUCUCUCACUCCAUCUGCGAGUGUCAUUAUUGGCCCUCUUAAUCAAGGAGUGAGAACUAGGAAACAACUUGCUCAAGAAAUUAGCCAUGUGUGUUAUGUUUCCAAGGAAGAGCCUAGAAAUGUGAAAGAAGCCUUGCACCAUGGUGAAUGGUUUCUUGCAAUGCAGGAAGAAUUAAAUCAAUUUGUGAGAAAUGAUGUUUGGUACCUUGUUCCAAGACCAGUCCACACAAAUGUCAUAGGCACUAAGUGGAUUUUCAAGAAUAAAACCGAUGAACAAGGUAAUGUGGUGAGAAAUAAGGCUAGAUUGGUUGCUCAAGGAUACACUCAAAUGGAAGGCAUUGACUUUGAUGAAACUUUUGCCCCUGUUGCACGAUUAGAAUCAGUUAGAUUGCUUCUUGCCAUUGCUUGUCAUUUGAAAUUUAAACUUUAUCAAAUGGAUGUCAAAACUGUCUUCUUGAAUGGUGUCCUAAAUGAAGAGGUCUAUGUUGAGCAGCCAAAGGGUUUUGAAGAUCCACAUCAUCCAAAUGAUGUGUUUCGGUUAAAAAAGGCCAUCUAUGGUUUGAAACAAGCUCCUAGAGCAUGGUAUGAGAGGUUAUCCUCUCAUCUUCUAGGAAAUGGGUAUGUUCGAGGGUCCGUUGAUAAAACAUUGUUUGUGAAAAGGUUUAAAAAGGAUGUCUUGAUUGCUCAAGUGUAUGUUGAUGAUAUUGUGGUUGGUUCUACCUCUGAUUUGCAUGUUCAAGAUUUUAUUCAUGUCAUGACUAGUGAAUUUGAAAUGAGUCUUGUCGGUGAGCUUAAUUAUUUCUUAGGUCUCCAAAUUAAACAGAGCCAUGAUGGGAUCUUUGUAUCCCAAUCUAAAUAUGCAAAAAAUCUUGUGACAAAAUUUGGGUUGGAAGGAGCCAAAUCUGCAAGAACUCCAAUGAGCACUAGUGCUAAGAUUCAUAGAGACUUGCAUGGCAAAAGUGUGGAUCAAACUCUCUAUAGAAGCAUGAUAGGAAGUCUUCUCUACUUGACUGCUAGUAGACCUGACAUUUCUUUUAGUGUUGGUGUAUGUGCUCGGUUUCAAAGUGACCCAAAAGAGUCUCACUUGUUUGCUGUUAAGAGAAUUAUAAAAUAUGUGAGUGGGACUAGUGAGUUUGGGUUGUGGUAUACCUAUGACACUUGUGUCAAUCUUGUUGGGUAUAGUGAUGCCGAUUGGGCAGGUUGUAGUGAUGAUAGGAAAAGCAUUUCCGGGGGGGUUUUCUAUGUAGGCAACAAUCUUGUUGCUUGGCAUAGCAAAAAACAGAAUUCUGUCUCCUUAUCCACUGCUGAAGCAGAGUAUGUUGCCGCUGGGAGUUGUUGUACUCAACUCCUUUGGAUGCGACAAAUGUUGGAAGACUAUGGUCUUGCUCAAUCAUGUUUUCUAAUCUAUUGUGACAACAUGAGUGCCAUAGAUAUUUCAAAAAAUCCUGUUCAACACUCUAGGACUAAGCAUAUCGACAUUCGGCACCAUUUUAUUAGAGAUCUUGUGGAAGACAAAAUUUUAUCUUUGGAAUUUGUUCCCUCUGAAAAACAGCUAGCAGAUAUACUCACCAAGGCCUUGGACUUUCAGAAACAUGGUACACUGAGGCAAUCCAUUGGCCUUUGUUCCAUUGAUUGA